CGAGACUUGGCCGAACCGAAUUCUUUGGCACUUCCGUAGAAUCUGGAACUCAUUGCGAGGAUUCGAGACGAUCCCAUGUUCUGCUAGCAAAAGAGCUGGCCUCGCCAACACCGGCUACCUACUUCUGGAGUGGGUACCGAAUGGCAAAGAUGUUGUCCUCCAGCUGGCUAAAACAUCGCGACGAUGAGACUCGGCGUGACAACCUGUACCACGGACUUGCCAAAAUGAUAUUGGAUUUAGCCAAGGUUCCACUCCACCGUAUAGGCGCAUGGACUAAUGAUAGAGAUGGACGACUGUCUCUCGCGAAUGGUCCUUUGUCUGAUUUCACACUUUUUUGGAACAGGCAUGCAAUUUCCACAAGUAUUCGGAGGGAUACGACGUAUGCGUCAACAGAGCUGUACAUCCAUGACAUGCUUCACUACCAAGAUUGCCGUAUGAGAGAUCAAUUGAAUUCAAUCGUAGGUGUGAACCAAAGCAACAUCUUUGUUGACGAGGAUUGGAACAUCACAAGCAUUAUCGAUCUCGAAUUCGCGUCGGUCGUUCCCGUGCAGAUGGUGCAAGUGCCACACUGGCUCACAGGUCGGGGCGUCGAUCAGCUCGAUGGCGAUGACCUUGAGGAAUACAAGCGGCGAUAUGAUGAGUUUGUUAACAUAGUGGAACGAGAGGAGUGUACGAUGAGUCGGGACAGCUCGUACAGUCGACGGCUCUGAAGUGAAUGGUCCACCAGACGAUUCUGGUACGUACUGGCGUUGACUUCAAUCAAUGCAUUCCCGGGCAUAUUCGAACAACAUCUCCAGCCGAGAUUCCUCCCAGACAGCUUCAAACUUGAUGCCGAAAAUGGGCCGCUAUCAAGACUAUGCUGCGAGGACGUUGAUCAGUUCAUUGCCCAAAAGUUGAAGGACAAUGAAGAGUACAAAAAAGUCGGCGGUGAGCUGUUUGCCAAGGUUGAUAUCAUUGACAAAGGAUACGUGGGACCUGUGGGAGACGGGGCGGUGGAGAUCGAGGAGCCGGUGGACUUGCGAUUUGAGGUUACUCAGGAAGGAUCAUGAGUGUGCAUGUCAGUCAGUGACAGUGAUGAUCCAUAAACAGCAUGUACACCCUCCGGGACGACAACACAAACACUUAGUCGAUGGUUCUAGACGGAGCUGUGAGUCAUAUGCCUCGUUGAAAUGUUAUAAGAGUGUAGGAUCAAAGAUGAC